CUUUGAUACCCUUUUGAAAUUCAUGGAAUGCAAGCAUCGUCAUGAUUUGAAACACAGAGUGGCGGAAUUUUUGCUCAGAAACAGCUUGAUCAUCGCCCGUGUUUGGUAUGAUACAGUGCUUGUUCGUUUUUCUUUUUUUUUCUGUUGCCGAGAUGGUGUUGAUAUUCGGUACGUUGGUGCAUACGCCCGCUCGAGGCCAGCUCGAGGUCUUGACAAAUACUGUUCUUGCAACCGACAAUGACGGUCGCAUUAUCCACAUGGAAAGCAAUGUAGCACCGAUUGAUAUUGAAAAGACCGUAUUGCAAUGGAAGCUCAAUCCGGAGGACCUUGUACGGCUGAAAUCUACCCAAUUCUUGCUGCCUGGAUUUGUUGAUACACAUAUCCAUGCACCCCAAUACCCGUUCACCGGUACAGGCACCGAUGUGCCACUCAUGCAAUGGCUGAAUAAGUACACAUUCCCGUGUGAACGACAAUGCGAAGAUGUUGAAUGGGCCAAGAAAGUGUAUACAAGCCUUGUGAAGCGCUUGCUACGCAACGGGACGACAACGGCCCUCUACUUUGCGUCUAUCCAUUUAGAAGCUACCAAAGCCUUGGCGGACAUCACGCUUGCACAAGGACAACGGGCAUUUGUCGGAAAGGUGUGCAUGGAUCAGUACAGUCCCGAUGAUUAUAUGGAAACGACCAACGCGUCAGUUUCCGACACGGAAGCAUUCAUCCACUACUGCAGUUCAAAAAAGUCGAGCAUUUUGACUCCGGUAAUUACGCCGCGUUUUAUUCCAACCUGCUCGCCGGCACUGCUGCGAGCAUUAGGUGAAUUGGCUCACAAGUAUUCUGUGCCUGUCCAGUCGCACAUCUCGGAAUCGUUGGACGAAAUUGCAUUUGUCCAACAGCUGUAUCCAGGAAAGCAUGAUACUGAAAUUUUUGACGAAGCUGGAUUAUUGACAUCGCGCACCGUGAUGGCCCACGGUGUCCAUCUUUCUCCAUCUGAUGUGGCUCGGCUCGUUGAGCGCCAGUCAGCUGUCGCUAUCUGUCCCCUAUCCAAUGCUUACUUUGCACACGGUAUCUUUCCAGUCCGGGAGUAUGUGGGUAAAUUGGAGUUGAAGGCUGGACUGGGCACCGAUGUCGCGGGCGGUUAUGCUCCCAGUAUGCUCACCUCCAUCCGCCAGCUUGUCAUAGCUUCAAAGCACAUUUCGGUAGAAAAGAAUAACGAUCCGUCGGUUCAAGUGGAUUGGAAGGAAGCAUUGUAUUUAGCCACUAUGGGUGGAGCGAUCAGUCUCGGUUUAGGGAACGAGGUUGGUAUGUUUGCCAGUGGUAGAGUAUUGGAUGCUAUGCUUGUGGAUGUGGCAGCUCCCCAGUCACCCAUUGACAUCUUGCGAGAGGAAACUCCCGAGUCCUUACUGGAAAAAUUCAUCAACCUUGGCGAUGAUCGGAAUAUUGCCUCUGUUUGGGUUGCUGGUCGUCAAGUAUUGCCAUUUGAAUAAACAUACAGUUUGCCUACUUUAUGUAUCUCCAAAAAGUUCGAUUUAUUGAUCGGUUACAAACUGUAACACAGAGACCGUGCAUGGUCAGUGAAAUUGGCAACAUAAUUUAAAGGGACGCAAUCACUGUAGGGUUACGAUUUCGC